UUUUUUGUGUGAUAAGACAGAAGUGGAUUUAAAGGGGAGGGGGAUGAGGAGGAAGGCGGAGCCCCCUUAGGUUCGUGUAAAUUAUCCCUCAACUUUGCAGCAGGGUAUGGUACCCGGUUUGAUUGCUAUCCUUUGGGUGUACUUGUAUUCGAGUCAACUUAAAUCCAUAAUAAUAUUAUGGUAUGAUACUGAUAAUAAUCAUAAAUUUAGGGUUCGCUCAUGGAGAUGCCGGCAUGUACAAGUACGAGUACAUGUAUGUUGUUACACCGUCCGCUCAGUGCACUGCAGCGGGCAAUUAAACAGCGUCAGGAGAAGAGCCGAGCUACGGUACGCGACUGGAGAAAGCAAAAAGCAAUAGCACUUCAGCGAACACCAUGAAUUAGAGCUUCUCGGAGAGUGUUAAUCAAAUCCAAUGGACGGAUCUACCCCUCUCCCCCGCGGACACGGGAAGAAGAGGAGGACUCCCAGUUCAAGGUUGGACAAUGACCGUCUUGGCAAAUCCCACCAAGCUAACUUUACCUAAUUUGUAGUAUGAUACCCUGAAUCACGAACAUAACUUGCCGGUAUCCUACAGACAACCAGCAGCACCAAUCUCAUCCAUCUCUCCAUCAAUCAAAUCACCCCUCAGCAACAUCCAACCUCAGCCUCCAACAUCACAAAAAUGUCCAGUUCAUCAAAGCCAUCAAAGACCACCGACCCUAAGGACUCCGCCGCGGCCGAUAAGUCUAAGGAGCCACAGAAGCACGCAUUCACGCUGGAGGAGGAUGACGAGUUCGAGGACUUUCCCGUCGAAGGUGAGCUGCAGAGGGCUUGACCGAGUUUGCAGGGGCAUGGCACUAACCUGGGAUCCGGCGGCAUGGUGGGGGGAAUAAUAGAUUGGAAGGAGAGCGAGACUGAUAUGCAGAAUCCCCCCGGUGGGAGAUUGUGGGAAGAGAGUUGGGAUGAUGAUGAUACUACUGAGGACUUUUCUACUCAACUGAGGUCCGUUCCCUUCGUUUUUCUGUUUCAUCUGGUCUAGGUAGGCUAAUCUGUUUGCCUGGGAACGUAUAGGGAAGAGCUCAAAAAGAACCCCACCAAAUAAAUAAUACGCCUACCAUUUCGAUACACGAGCCGCUCUCGUCGCUGGUUGGAAUCGGAUGGGACGUUCUCUUUCGAUUGUAUCAUAGCUUCCCCAACGAUCAAGGAACCCGUGGAUUGCCACGAUGUCCGAUGAUAGUUAUUUGAUUUCUUCUAUGUAUUGUGUGCAAAAAAAGGAAAAGAAAAUUGGGAUGAUCUAUGUGCUUCCAUGAACUAGAGGUCUUUUUAUUAUUAUCACUGUUCCCCUGCUAAAAUAGGAGUUUGAGCUC